AUGCGAAUUCCAUCAGGAUGCUCUAAAUUAGAAACGGCAACUAUUGUUGAUAAAGUGAAAGGACUAAUAUUCGGCGCUAUCUUGGGUGAUAGUCUUGGGUUAGCUACUGAAGGAUUAACUCGGUCAGAAAUAAGUAAUUUUUAUGGUAAAGGUCCUAUACGAUUCGGUAUGGAUGAAGGUGGUAUUCCUUUUUAUCGUGACGAGUAUAGAUCUAAAUUUGAAGAAAAUGACUUUGGAGAUGAUGCUGAACAAGUGUUACUAGUCAUGGAAUCUUUAUUGGAAAAUGGAGGUCACUUUUUAUCAAAAGAUUUCGCUUUAAGACUUUUUAAUUAUCAUUUACAUGGUAUUAAAAAUUUGAAUAAACUCCCAAUGGGUGCUAAUGGCGCAUUAGUUAGGGCUCCUUUAUUAGGUAUCCUUAAAUUUUGGGAUGGUACUACUGUGAUUGAAAAUACGACAGAAUGCUGUCGUGUUACCCAUCCUGAUCCACGUUGUAUGAUAUCAUGUGUUAUAGUUUCUACUUUAAUAGCAAGGUAUUUACAAGUAAUAUGA